AUGGUCUACUCUGGCAUGGGCCCCGACUACCGCGUGCUUGUCGACAAGGCUCGCAAGGUCUCACAUACCGGCUACAAGCGCAUCUACAACGAGUACCCGCCCACGAGAAUAUUAGUCCAGGACGUCGCACGAGUGAUGCAAGAGGCUACACAAUCUGGUGGUGUCCGGCCAUACGGCGUCAGCUUGUUAAUCGCAGGGUGGGAUGAUGGUAUUGAGCCGGAGGCCGAGGGAAAGAGUGAGGAGCAGACAAGCGAGGAGAAGAAGAAAGUCAGCGGCAAGACGGGUGGCAUUCUCAAGGGCGGACCUAGCUUGUAUCAGGUCGAUCCUAGCGGCAGCUAUUUCCCUUGGAAAGCGACAGCAAUCGGCAAGAGUGCGACGAGCGCGAAGACAUUCCUGGAGAAGAGGUACACCGAAGGUCUGGAGCUGGAAGACGCCAUCCACAUCGCCCUGCUCACGCUCAAGGAGACGAUAGAAGGCGAGAUGAACGGCGAGACGGUCGAGAUUGGCAUUGUCGGCCCGCCAGAGAACAGGUUGCUAGGCUUCGAGGGUGUCGAGGGUGCCGUUGGCCCACGCUUCAGGAAGCUGACUUCAUCGGAGGUUGAGGAUUAUCUGACGAACUUGUAA